CACACACACACAAACUGAUAUUGGACGACGACAUCGUCAUUCGCCGUUGAAAUUCCUCAAUUCCUUAUUUAUUUUUUUUUGUUCGACUGACGCAUACGGCAUAUUAACAACAAACCCGAUCAAAUUAAAGUGCUGCCAAACAAACAACAACACUCGAGGAACAAAUUCCAAAUAAAGAGACAGAGACAGCAAUAAUGGCAGCCGGCACCACACUGCAGAAGGCCAUCGAUCUGGUGACAAAGGCCACCGAGGAGGAUCGCAACAAGAACUAUGCGGAGGCAUUGCGUCUUUACGAGCACGGCGUCGAGUAUUUCCUCCACACCAUCAAAUAUGAGGCACAGGGCGAGAAGGCCAAGGAUUCGAUACGCGCCAAAUGCCUACAGUAUUUGGAUCGGGCCGAGAAGCUGAAGGAGUAUCUGAAGAAGGGCAAGAAGAAACCACUGAAGGAGGGCGGCAGCGACAGCAGCAGCUCCAAAGAUGACAAGGACAAAAAGAGCGACAGUGACGAUGAAGACGGCGAUGAUCCAGAGAAAAAGAAAUUGCAAAGCAAAAUCGCCGAUGCCAUUGUGAUUGAGAAACCGAAAGUGCAAUGGUCCGAUGUCGCUGGUCUCGAUGCCGCCAAAGAGGCCCUCAAGGAGGCUGUCAUCUUGCCGAUCAAGUUUCCCCAGCUGUUUACGGGCAAACGCAUCCCCUGGAAGGGCAUUCUGUUGUUUGGUCCACCCGGUACGGGUAAAUCGUAUUUGGCCAAAGCUGUGGCAACCGAGGCGAAUCGUUCCACAUUCUUUUCGGUAUCCAGUUCGGAUCUGAUGUCCAAAUGGCUGGGUGAAUCCGAGAAACUGGUGAAGAAUCUCUUUGAGCUGGCCCGUCAGCACAAGCCAUCGAUUAUAUUCAUCGAUGAAAUCGAUUCGAUGUGCUCGGCCCGUUCGGAUAACGAGAACGACAGUGUGCGUCGCAUCAAAACGGAGUUUCUGGUGCAGAUGCAGGGCGUGGGCAACGAUACCGAUGGCAUUCUUGUGCUGGGCGCCACCAAUAUCCCAUGGGUGUUGGACUCUGCGAUUCGCAGGCGUUUCGAGAAGCGUAUCUACAUUCCGCUGCCGGAGGCGCAUGCGCGUCUCGUUAUGUUCAAGAUACAUUUGGGCAAUACGACACACGUGCUGACCGAGCAGGAUCUCAAGGAGUUGGCUGGCAAGACCGAAGGCUACUCUGGCGCUGAUAUAUCGAUUGUGGUGCGGGAUGCGUUGAUGGAGCCAGUGCGCAAAGUGCAGACAGCCACGCAUUUCAAGCACGUCUCGGGACCGAGUCCAACCAACAAGGAUCUGAUUGUCGAUGAUCUGCUGGUGCCUUGCUCGCCGGGCGAUGCCGGCGCCGUUGAAAUGAACUGGAUGGAUGUGCCCAGCGACAAGCUCUUCGAACCGCCCGUCACCAUGCGCGACAUGCUGAAGUCGUUGUCACGCACGAAACCCACGGUCAACGAGGAUGAUUUAACGAAGCUGCGCAAAUUCACAGAGGACUUUGGUCAGGAGGGUUAAACACAGCUGCAGGAUUCACAAAGAAAGAGAGGGAGAGAGCACGAGAGAGAGGGAGAAGGAGAAAGCCAGCCAACAUGAACAUGGAAGCGAACCAAAACAACACCAUCAGCUAAUUCUAAUUGUUGCCUAUUGCAUAAAUCGAAAAAGAAAAAGAAAACGAA